CAUUUCUGCGCUCUAGCAUGGUUCCGACUGUCAGACUAAUUGAGCACCCUACAGGUAUGCACACAACCCGUAAACGAAUAAUGCAUCCAUUGAGCUUCAAGUAAGAUGCUCAAAUCGAAGAGGCGGUCUCAGUAUGCCUCCGAGCUUUUGACGGAGAAAUCGCCCUCGAAGCUAUGGUCGGAGGAGACGACAGCUUGAAAGCACCCUUAUAUCGCUGCAUGCUCCGUGCCGCAGCGUUAGAGGGUAUGUUCUACGUUGCUGGAGAUGGGUCAGAUGCAAUCCAUACUGUCGCAAUUUGGUUUGCGCCUGGAGUGAAGUUCCUCGGCAGCGCAGAACAGAGAGAGGCAGGUUUCAAUGAACUUUUCGCCAGUCUACCCCAGGCGGCCAAAGACUGGUGGAUGAAUGAUUACAGGAAGACAACAGAAGAUUAUCUUAACAGCGUAAUUGGUCAAGAGAAAAUCCUGAACUCCUGGUACUGCAAUACUGUGGCUACCGAUCCUGUUCAUCAAAGGAAAGGAUAUGGUUCUGCGUUGGUCAACGCAGUUCAGAAACGAGCUAAGGAGUCUCAUGACAUGAUGGUACUCGGUACGACGAACGAGAAGAAUAUCGCGUGGUAUGAAAGCCUGGGAUUCAAAUCAAUCGGGAAAGUGAACAUGUCUGCUCCAACGGGAGAUUUUUCCGCGACAUACCUUACAUGCAAUGCAUAGAUCGUUUGAAAACGUGUUUGACUAAUAGGUUCAUGAUAAUUUGAGACUUCAACAGAAAUUUCCGAUAAAACUUAAAGGCAAAGUUACGAACUUGGUUCUUG